UCUUGUACCGGGGGAAAUUUUUCCAGCCACUUGUGCUGUUUGAGUCCCCAUGGAAGGAUGGGCGGAUCAGAGUGAGAUGUUAUGCUCUCUAAUUAAGCGUACCAACACGCUCACUUAGCACGAAAUCGCUUAGCACAGUAAACAAACAUCAAGCUCUUACAGCUUGCUUAAGCCUAAUAUUCUUCGUCAGCAGAUGAUCUGAUUAAUUUUGAAGGCAGAAGAUUUCUAUUUUCGUUAAAACUAUCGUUUGAUAUUUUUAAAAAAUAAAAACGAUAAAAGUGAAAAUUGUAACUGUGGUGGAGUUGAGUUGUUAGGAAAGCGACUUUUUACGCGUGAGGUAAAGGACAAAGCCACGGCUCCGUUUACAGUAAGCACCGUUCAACCUGCGGAACGGUGUCGGCAGGAAAAACCUAACAGGGGCAUCACGGGUGCCUAUCCGGUUUUUCGAGAUUUGAGUGCCCCUGGGCAAAGUUCAUCCCUCACCAUUCCAGGGGCUACGGUGUACCAGGGUUGUGCAGGGGCAACCGACGACGUCAUGCCUCAUAAAGAUUCCAGACGAAGUGUAUACAGCCCCAUCCCCCUGAUUGCCGUCCAAGAUCCAGGCCACAGCGGAAUCAACCAGCUGGGCGGCGUGUACGUCAACGGUCGUCCCCUGCCAGACUCCACGAGGCAGAAGAUAGUGGAACUGGCGCACAGCGGGGCUCGGCCGUGCGAUAUCUCCCGUAUCCUACAGGUGUCUAACGGCUGCGUAUCUAAGAUACUCGGUCGUUACUACGAGACCGGAUCCAUCCGUCCCAGGGCGAUUGGGGGCAGUAAGCCCCGGGUCGCCACCCCUGACGUCGUUGCCAAGAUCGCCCAUUUCAAGAGGGAGUGCCCCUCCAUCUUUGCUUGGGAAAUCAGAGAUAGGCUACUGUCUGAGGGUGCCUGCACUAACGAUAGCGUCCCAAGUGUAUCGUCCAUAAACCGAGUGCUUAGGAAUCUGGCAGCGCAAAAAGAACAAGCGCAAGUACAGGCCCAGGAUGCCGUAUACGACAAGUUACGAAUGCUCAAUGGUCAAGGGUGGCCAAGGCCUAAUCCUUGGUACCCUGGUGGCACGACUUUUGGAGGAAUUGCACCAAGUUAUAUUGCUCCUGUAACUACACCAGCAACUCCUUUGGAAAAUGGCCUCAACCCUAAAAAAGAAGGAAGCGUAACGGAGGCAUCAACACCCAGUGAUCAAAGUGGUAGUGGUGAGGAGGAUUCAGCGGCGAGGUUAAGGUUGAAAAGAAAACUACAAAGAAAUAGAACAUCUUUCACACCAGAACAAAUAGAAGCUCUUGAAAAAGAGUUUGAAAGAACACACUACCCCGAUGUAUUUGCAAGGGAAAGGCUAGCAGCAAAAAUAGAUCUUCCUGAAGCAAGAAUACAAGUCUGGUUUUCAAAUAGAAGAGCGAAAUGGCGAAGAGAAGAAAAACUUCGAAAUCAACGCCGGGCGGCAGAGCAGGCAACGACGACGCCGGGGCGCUUACCCCUCAAUACGGGCUUUCCUAACUCCCUUUAUCCGAGUAUUGGACAACCCAUGGCCAGUAUGGCUGAAACAUACAGGUGUGGUACAAUCCCUACGAUGCCGACGUAUUCAUCUAACAUGACACCUAGUUCAUGUUUACAACAACAGACAACCUCAUACUCAUGCAUGCUACCUCCUGGCGGGACUAGGAGUUAUGAUCCACUCUCACUAGGUAAUUACACCAGGCCAACGUGUCCAACGGCUCAACCUCACGUCAUGCAACCAGUCAAUAGUCAAUUUCCUAGUGUCAACAAUGGCACCGCUGCUUCAACAGGUCUUAUUUCUCCCGGUGUCUCUGUUCCCGUUCAAGUACCCGGACAGUCGAAUGACUUGAAUAUGGCCUCAAAUUAUUGGACGAGGCUACAGUGACAUCAUCCGAAUACCACAGACUCUAAUGAUCUAGUUAGUCUGUGGCUUCAAGCAGAAGAGCGGCAAAAGCGUAUGAAAGGACUAUAUGAAGAUAUCAAAAAUAAUUUGGAGCAACAAGCUAAUCAUCAACGAGCAAUGCAUGACAACAACCAAUCACAUCCAUCAACAUAAAUUAUUUUAAAAUGCAUAAAAAAGAAAAAAAAUGCUAAUUUUUUUUUUUUUUUUUUUUUUUU